AUGACAACCGAGGAACUUCAGACUCUUGUCCUUACAACUCUUGAUGCUAAGGGAACGAUUGGAAAUACUAAAGAAAUUAAAGAUUCUGAUAACAAUGAAGUGGAUCAGCUAGCAUUAUUAGGCGCCUUGAAAAGUUUGAGUUUGGAUAAAGAGAUGAUCAGAUAUGAAACAAUUGAUGAUGAAAUCUGGGUACUUACAGACGAAGGGAAUGAGAUCGCGGAUAAAGGUAGCCAUGAAGCUAAGGUCUUUGAAGCCAUUCCUGCUGGCAAAGAAGGGAUAACUAUCUCGGAAUUACAGAAACUUUUGGGUGACGUUACUAAAAUCGGUCAAGGGCAAGCCUUUAAAAAUAAAUGGAUCACUAAAAAUGGAAACAAUCUAAUUCGUGCUGUUGACUCAAUUGAAGACCAAACACGUUUUGAUUUAAAAACCAUUCGCUCGACAGGAAAGCAUUCUAACCCAAAGGUGUUGUCCGAGUUAAAAAAAAGGAAAUUGUGUGAUAAACAUGGAGAAUGGAAACAAGCAAAUUUCAAGAAAUAUAAUUUUGAUGCUCUCGGUAUACCUCCUUCUGGUGGUCAUCUACACCCGUUGAUGAAAGUUCGCGAGGAAUUGCGACAAAUUUUCUUUGAAAUGGGCUUUGAAGAGAUGCCAACUAACAAAUUUGUCGAAUCGUCGUUUUGGAAUUUUGACGCGCUCUUUCAACCACAACAACAUCCUGCACGUGAUGCACACGACACAUUUUUCUUAAAAGAUCCUGCAAUUAGCACACAGUUUCCUACCGAAUAUCUUGAACGUGUUAAAGAGGUACAUACUAAUGGUGGAUAUGGUUCCAUUGGAUAUGGUUAUAACUGGAAAAUAGAAGAAGCGCAAAAAUUGCUUCUGAGAACGCACACUACUGCUGUGUCAUCUUUCAUGUUAUAUAAUCUUGCUCAGAAAAAGGAAUUUAAGCCAGUGAAAUAUUUCUCUAUAGAUCGUGUUUUUAGAAAUGAAACUGUUGAUGCUACGCAUUUGGCUGAGUUUAAUCAAGUGGAAGGUGUUAUUGCUGAUAAAGGUCUAACACUUGGAGAUUUGAUUGGAUUUAUGGAAACUUUUUUUGGGAAAAUGGGAGUUACAAAUCUCCGAUUUAAACCUGCUUACAAUCCAUACACUGAGCCCAGUAUGGAAAUUUUUUCAUAUCAUCAAGGCUUAGGAAAAUGGGUCGAAAUUGGUAAUUCCGGUAUGUUCCGUCCUGAAAUGUUAGAACCCAUGGGAUUAGAUCCAGAAAUACGUGUUAUUGCAUGGGGAUUAAGUUUAGAGCGACCUACUAUGAUUAAAUACGGAAUAGAUAAUAUCCGUGAGGUAAAAAUGAUCUCUGAUUCUUGCUGA